CCGCGUUCUUCCAUUCCGUCCGCUUGUUUCCUAGCUCUCGCUCGUCCCUUGCUUGCCCUCUUUUCCUCCUUGCUUUAGCCCUUCUUCCGCUGUUGAUCUCUGCCUCCGGUAGAUCGGUUUCGUUCCGUCCGUAGAAAAAGGGGCGAUGGGAGGCGGCAAUGGCCAGAAGUCGAAGAUGGCGCGGGAGAGAAACAUGGAGAAGAACAAAUCGGCCAAGGGGAGUCAGCUAGAAACGAACAAAAAGGCCAUGAACAUCCAGUGCAAGGUAUGCAUGCAAACUUUUAUAUGUACUACGACAGAGGUCAAAUGUCGAGAACAUGCAGAAGCAAGGCAUCCCAAGAAUGAUGUCUAUCAGUGCUUCCCCCACCUUAAGAACUAGUGCCAGACUAUAGGAGAAGCAUGUCUUUGUAGUCCAAUUAGAUGUGUCAACUGUUAAUGUAUGACGAUACGAGUGUGCCAGCUUUAAUUUGGUCUACUUUUAUAUCUGGAAUUUUAUGUUAAACUUAUGCCUCUGGUGUGUUGAACAUGCUUCUGGGACUAAUGUCAUUAUUGUACUCCCAGCUAUGUUAUUGUGAUACCGGUAGAAGAUUUAUGUUCUAUACUUUGUUACUGUGUUAUCGGUGAACUAUGAGAUAUAGUAAUCCUGGGCAAUUUCAUUCA